AUGCUAUUUGGAAAGUCUCUGGCCGAGUACGAAGAUAAUCUGGACAACCUCGACGAACUGUUGUCCAAGUUGACAGAUGAGGAGAUCAAAGAACUUAAUAAUGACAUAGAUCCAGAUAACUCUCUGCUUCCACCCUCACAACGUUGUCGAGAUCAGACGACAAAGGAACCCACAGGCCCUUUUAACCGGGAGAAGCUUAUCCAGUGAGUCCUGUGCGCACUUCUCAUCUUUGAGCCUCGAUCUUAACUGCUGUUUGGGUGUCGGUUUAGCCCCGCCCUACUAGUAAUGAAGCAAGAUAACUGCCCGAUUGAGACUGUGUGCGCGAAAUCGCACAACUUCAGAUGUAAAGUACGGCACCAGAUAGGAUGGGCCGCAGGGGUUUCAAACCAAGAUAUCACUACUAGUUUUAUUCGCGCUUACUUUCAUUAUUCAAAAAAAAACAUUUCGUGGGCAUUAUGACCUUUUGUUCUUUUCUCUCCUACUGACCUGUCCCGAAUUCUCCUUUUCUCAACACCUGUGUAUUUGAUGUUACAUGAUUGCUUUUUGACGAGCGUCAAACGACGUCCGCUUUCCGAAGGCGGAAAUUAUAUUUCACGGCCCAACCUUCGCGGCCAAGCCUUCUUAACCCAGAUUGCUUUACCCCGCGGGUCCAUCAAUCAGCGAAGUGGAUCGAGCAGGCCUGUGCUGACGUGUUUACCUGUCUGCAGUAGAGAGCCCGCGAUCUUGUGUCGGUAGCUUUGAAGUGACUCGACGCGAAAUGCCCUAUUCCGGAAGUGUACCCUAAAAUGCGUUUCUGGCCGGCCUGCCAUCGUCAGCCUGCCAAACCCACAAUCACGGGCCUUUCUGCCAUCACCAAGCGCCCAGCACACAGCGUGUAGGCGCGUUGCUUAACCGGUAGAGUACUGUGCCUAACUACCAACUAGAGACCCCUGUUAAAACCCUAAGUCAGUCCUUCAAAUCUGGGGUUAAACUAAGACUGGUUGAGGAUGUCGGAUGGGUCAAAAACGCACAUCUCAGUCCCCCUUGCCUCAGUCGGUACUGCUCGAUCCUGAUCGCCUUUCUUCAUGUGGCCAUCCAGCAAAGGGCUCGGAACUGCGAACCAAGACGAAACGCCCAUAGAUCCUGUUUCACGAUUCGACCAGGACAAUGAACAUCGCUGUCACCUGACUUGCAGGUUUCCUGCGCUUGAGUCUUAAGGCCAGGCUGUGUCGGCUAUCACUGCACGUACGUCCCUUCCUCCUCGGUGUUUGUCACUCCCCUUUUGUAAACGCUGUCUACUAGAUCUAGUCGCGCCAGUGACCUAAAACCAACCUCUGGAGACGGCCCUCACGGAUAAGCAGGGUUUCUCCAUUUAUUAAUACGGUAGCUUGUUUGCAGCACGGUAGUUGCCUCUGGCAGUCGUAGGCUGCAAGAAAGUAGAUUUCUUUCGCGUCAGUGUCAUUUGCGUCAAGGCUGCGUCUACUGGUUUGAAUUCAUGAGAGCUCUGACGUCAGAUCAUUAGCGGAUCAGGCAGUUGGCGAUUCGGUGUAGACGCGCAUAAAUUAGCCUGUAGUCGAACUGUCGGUAAAAACUACCGCACACUUUACCUGACGCAAGUGGCAGGCCAGUUUAUUCACGCCUGUCCUCAUUUUCCCCACGAGCCUACCUGCCGACUGACUUUUCUUCCCAACACACGCCGCCCGGCGCAUCACCUUCUUCCCUUGCGAUUGCAAAUUUCCUCGCGCAAAAGUCGAACGUGGUUAUACUGCCUCGUUUUAGAGUCUCACUUCGGUGGAAAACCGCACACACACACGCCUUCCAGUCCAGCAGUAGUACACACGAUUCACACAUAUACCUACUUUAUCCUACUCACAAAACAGGCACUAACGCGCGCAGAAAUUGCGUAUUUGGAGCGAGGUGCCGUAUGAAAUGGCCACUGAGCUCCAUGUGAGAAAGCCGCGUCAACCCGAGUUACUCAGCUCCGUGCUUCGUCAGUUUGAAACUUCUCGCCUUUUUUUUUAUCGACGCAGUCACCUACCUACCUACCUGGCCAUUUCUUCCAAAUUUGGGUUACUUUCAGGCGAGCAGAAGACUGGACGUGGGAGAUAUAUCUCCGUCUCACUUAAGCCGUAGUUAAUACAGGCCAGUCAGCCAGUUGUCAUAUUACACAUGUGACCGUUUCCUACAUGUACAGCUUCCGUAUCAGUGGCUUAACCAUGACAGUCUAUCUGUGAAAGACUUUGCAGACGCCUGUGAUCGGCAACAUUUACAUGCAGACUGACCGCGGGGGCAAUAAACUGGUCACCUGGAACUGCUGUUCGCCGAUCUCCACCGAUUGCAUGGGGAAAAGGAGAACUUUGCACUGGAGCUGCGCUCUACAGUUAAUACAGGGGAUCGAACAGUAGGCGGCAGUCAGUGCUCGAAAUGAAAUGGUAGCAAAGACAAGGGGAGACCGGGGGGGGGUGGCUAUUUUUGGCAUUGCCGAUAGAAGCGAACAGGCGAGUUCCAGGAAAAAGGUGCGAUCACUAGAACAGGAAGUUUAUCGGCCUGACGUUUCGGAUUCUCGCUAGAACCCAUCAUCAGAGACUGUGGAGGCACAAAGACUGCAGUACUUAUAGUAGGUAGCUGCCGUGGGGCCACAUGCGUGCUAUAAUUAACAACUCCCGUGAUUACUACUGGGGUCGUAGUUAUGGUGAUGGUGGCUCGUCAUCCCGCGUACGAGUCGUUAAUUGCCGCAAUUCACGUAGAUGGUUGGUCAUUUCAAAAGGAACAUGUUUUGGCGUUUCAAGGAACCACCAGAACAAUCUACGAUACUCAUUUCGACCCAACUUUGAAAACCUUGGCGACCUUGGUGGGAUUCUGAACCAUGACAGCAACGGGAAGGCUUUAGUACAGCCAACGCUCUAGCCACCUGAGUCACAAGGCCCCACUAGGAGACGGGGGUUUAAUCACACCCGCCCAGCCUACUGCAACGUCCGGAAUCCACAUAAUUAAUCUGAAAUAUGUUUUCUUCGCAAAGUUCGUCAAAGUGUGCUGUUUUUCUCCUUUUUUUGCGAAGACCAAAUUUAGUUCUUUUUUUUCGCCCCUUGUGUGUCAUCAGAUUCCUCGUUGAGAAGGCCAAGGCCGAUCCUGACUGGGAUGAGGCAGUACCCUUUGAGAAGAAGAUUCGUGGGAAGGUAUUCGAAAAGAAAACCGCUGAACAGAUGUCCAAAAACGAACUGAGCGACCUUGGCUUUGACGUGGAACUAGACGAAGAUAUAAAUGAGGUCAGUGUCUUUCGGCCCUAGAAUACUGUUGCUUCAUUUUCGUCUUCUGCGCAUGAAGUCGUUUUUCUUAGUUCGAGCUCUCAUCCAAUUUAAAUGAACCACUUCGUGGGAAGUAACGCACCGGCCAAGUGUUACGGACGAUGUGAUGUGUGGUUGCAGUUGUUUGCACCUCAUCCGUAUAAGUUCCCAGCCAUCCUUACUACAGCCAAGCACAUGUAGUAGGGGCGAGGUCUUAUCUGGCACGCGUAGUUGGGUUGUCUAGUUUUGUCGCAACUUACCUCGAAGUCGUUUGUUGAUAGAAGCGAACAGGCGAGUUCGAGGUUGCAGUUCAGAAGACGAAGAUGCGAUCACUGAAACAGUGAUCGCAUCUUCGUCUUCUGAGGUCGUUUGUCUCAAUUCGAGCUCUCAUCCAAUUAAAAUGAACUACUUCGUGUUACGGGCGAUGUGACACACUUUGACACGUUGCUUUAGAAGGGUACGAUUUAGCCUGCUAAUGUGGGCCGUGCGAGAAAGCUUUAGGCAGGAGGACAGUGCUAUCACCAACGCUCAGCACAAAACCGGACGGUUUUACUAGUAGUUAAUGUGUGUUUGCAGUUGUUUGCACCUCACCCGUAUGAGUUCCCAAAAGUCCAAUUAUACUUCAUGGAAAACAUGCAUAAAAAUAUUCAUUCUUUUGCUCAUUCCGUAGAAAAUUACGUCUUCUUUCAAUUUUACACUCGAAGGAAGGGUAUGAUUCGGUUUUAAAAAAGUUUCUUAUUGUGGGAUUUUUUAAUACCCUGAAAUGGCGUUUCGUAAAACGUCAUACCUCUGCAUUUACCAAUGUAGUUUGUAAAUUUAACAAUGUGGCUCAAAUCCACUGCUUAAUUUUAUAAACCCCACAUAAUCUCCUCAUAAUACCGUAGAGAAAUGUAUGCUUUUCCGUACGCGGAAAUUAUACGGCUUGUAGUUUGGGAACCCUGAAUGCAAGUUUAACGGCAGGUCGAGUUCAAAAUUAUUCGGGAUUUGGAAAAGUUGUAUAAAACCAAAUUAUAUCUUUCCCUCCAGUGUAAAAUUGAAAGGAGAUGUAAUUUUCUUCCAGAUGAGUAAAAGGACUAUUAUUUUUGUGCAUGUUUUUUUUUAAUGAAAUAUAUUUGAGUUUAUAGGGACAUCGAAAAUCAAUGAAAAAAAUGCAUGCUACGUAAGUAGUCAUUUUUACGGAGCAUGGUUUUUAGAAAGAAGUUUGUUCGAAAACCGGCGUCCUGGGAUAACUAAAUUAUUAUAGUUAGACAUCGACAUCCAUAGACUGCCAGAUGGACCUGACCACUGUAGCUCGGCAUUCAGGUUGGGCAGUAAGCUUCCGUUAGUCAGGCAGACUUUACUUACUUUUUUGUCUUUCCCUUAGCCCUCGGGGGCCCGGAGUGCUGUAUUGUGCACUUAUACGAACUACUAUUUCCCAGUGUAAUGUCGUUGUGACCUUGUUUUUUACCAGGCCCUGGCCAAAGCCACUGACGAUGAGCUCAUCGACUUGGCCGCCAUUCUCGGUUUCACGGGCAUGAUGAAUCAAGUGCAGUUCCACGCCAGUAUCGAGAAUCGUUCUCAGGAGGGUGGCGGCUUCUCGGGUGUGGCCAAGGCGGAGAAGUUCAAGCUCAUUCCCGAUGAACCACCCAACAUGACAGACAUUGAGGUGAGAACUUCCGCGUUACCGCGUCUGUUUCUUUUGGCUCCCUAUGCACGCACCGCUUCUGCAGGUGACUUGCGCAGAAUUUUCCUCGCCACACCCUUUCACACGCGUCGUGUUCACUGUUAACGAUAGGUCAAGAUCACCGGCCACUGAACUUGCAUAAACCACACAUACCGGCCUGUCAACCCAUUCGAGGCAGUUAUCAUCGCUCAGAGAGUUUUUAUAAGGUCGCACUGAGAGGAAGUUAUUACAACCAGGCGCGCUGUCCUGAAAACCGGUAGUGAUAAUGGAAGCUGACAGUAAUUUUAGGUCCAUUUAUCGCCACCAGACAGCCAUAACUCAAUCCUAGCCGCCCAUUUAACCGACUGCUCUGGUAGUUCGACCGUCUUACCCGACGAUGGCCACCAUGUGCUCCACAGCAAGGUGAAGCGGGCACAGUGGCUUGCGUGUGAAUUAUAGUGAGGGUAGACUUGCGCAGCAUCUACCGCACUCUCUCCUCCCCACCUGGGCUCGGUGUUAAGACAUAGUCAAGAAGACCAGAGAUGAGGGAGGACACAGGUGGCUGGCACGACCGGACCCGCACCUAGGCAUAGCAUCACACCCCCCCCCCCGGGUUCACAACCAGCACUUGACCAGGACUGCUCUACCAACUGCUUCACAGACACGCACUCUGUCGGUUGCGGUUGGUAACAUUCUAAAUCAGGACCCCUAGCCUGAUUGCCAGAACGGAAUCUGGACGUUUUUCUAGUCAGUGUGUAAGCCUCAUGACCGCCACAAUCGACUGCGAUGCAGAUGUGCUAAACCAAAAGAUAGGUCAGACUGACUCAUGUUACGCGUCUGUGGGGCUGCGUUGAGACGUUUUGUCUCAAACCGCACCAACCAUCGCGGUUGGUCGACAGGCCCACAGAUGCGAGCCGCCCUCACAGAAUCCUCGCACAUGUAGCGCAAAUUAGGCCACGGCUGUGCCACGCGCAAACAGGCUGUCUGGCCGUGUCGGCUACCGCACCUGACUCCACUAUCCGGUCGUUUCGACAUUUUCAUCGGACCUAGGUGGUUGAGGGAGGAGAGGGUGCGGUAGUUGCUGCGCAAGUCGACUCUGUAUAGACUAAUUCAAACUCAAGUCCCCGGUGUUGCGCUCGUUCCGCCCCGAAAAUCCAUUCCGGAAACGAAAAUUGCGAGUUUGAGUUCGUAAAAUUCAAGUCAAAGCAGAUAGGUAAAACGGUAUUCCUUUCUUGGAGCAGAAAGCAAUUUAUUCCUUACCAAUUCCAUUUGGCAAACUUACAACGCUUUAUGCCGUUAAGCGCAAUAAUAAGCUUAUUCGACAGUAUUUGUUUUACCACAGCAGGAACUAGUAGGCGUCAGUCAGUUUCAGUCAGUUUAUUAAGGGAAUGAGGCUUUCGCCCUUGAGCUCCCUAUUCAUAUCGAUAAACAGAAAUAAAGUCAUCAAUUACAUCAGCAAAUGCGAAAAGUUAAGAAGUUAGCGGUAAGUGUGAGCUAGGCGCAAACUGCCGCCGCUAAAACAAUCAUUAUUGUAUGUACAGUAGGUUCUCAACAAGUGAGCGUCUAGUCUGCACUUAAAGGAUUUGACACUUUCGGAAAGAACGACGGCGUCAGGGAGUCCAUUCCAUGCCCCGAUGACCCUGUGAGAGAAGGCGUUCCGUCGGACGUCCGAAUGAGCCCGCUUCCUUUGCAGUUUGAACGGAUGACCACGCAGACGGUCAGUCCGGGCCAAUUCAGAGAAUUCAUCAAAAUCUAGGGCACACUCACGGCUUCUGACAAUCCUGUAGGUUUGAAUGAGAUCGCCGCGCAGUUGCCUGUAAUUUCGAGGAAACAGAUUUAAUUCAGUCAGCCUGGUUUCGUAAGGCAAAUGAUGAAGAUUCUUGACCAUCUUCGUAGCCAUCGCCUGUACUCUUUCCAGUCGUUGAUAAUCUUUCUUCAACCACGGUCGCCAGGCCUGGACUGCAUACUCUAAGUGAGACCGGACGAAUGCCCCAUAGGUUUUUCCGAACAGCUCCUUGUCGAUCUGCACAAAUCCUCGCCUCAGCGCAAAUAACACCCUUAUCGCACUUUUGGCUGCCCUUUGACACUGUAAAGAUGGUUUCAGCGAGGUCAUUAGGACGCCCAGGUCUUUCUGUUCCACGACAUUUGAAAGGGGCUGACCAUCAAGGACGUAUUGAAAGGAAUCGUCCUCCUUACUGGUCCGUCUGGUGCGGAGUCUCAGGACCACACAUUUGUCCACAUUAAAAUUGAGGAGCCAGCGAGCUGACCAACUGUUCAGGCGGUUGAGACGGUCUUGAAGCGCGUACCUGUCUGCAUCAGAUCUGAUGGGUCUCCACAGCUUAACAUGGUCAGCAAACAUGAUGGCGCUGCAUCCCAGGUCAUCGACGCAGUCGUUAAUGUAAACCAGGAAUAGCAACGGCCCUAAGACGGAGCCCUGGGGUACACCACUUAGAACGGGAGUAGGAGUUGACCUCGAGGCCUCAAUGCACACGGUUUGCUAUCUCCCGGUAAGAAAAUCUGUUAUCCAUGUCAGCAGCGUUCCUCUUAUCCCAAUUUCAGAAAGUUUGUAGAUUAGGCGUUUGUGUGGGACGCUGUCGAACGCCUUCUUAAAGUCUGUGUAUAUGACAUCAACCCUCCCAUCCUCGUCCAGUGCGCGAGUCCACUGCUCCGUCGAGAGCAAUAAACGGGAAAGACACGAGCGGUUCUGUCUAAAGCCGUGUUGCAGGUCUGAGAUUAAAUGGCCCUGCUCCAGGAACUCCAUAGUUGCUUUCUUAACUAUGGCCUCCAUUAUUUUACAGCAGAUACAGGUUAGACUAACAGGCCGGUAAUUGUUAGCAUUAGUGCGAGCCCCGCCCUUGUAUAUCGGAAAGAUAUUUGCUGUCUUCCAUUCCGAUGGCAACCUCCCUAAUUCGAAUGACGAGCGGAAGAUGUGCGCCAGUGGUUUGGAAAGUUCAUUCGCCAGUUCCUUCAAGAAUUUGGCCGGUAUAUUGUCCGGACCUGAGGACUUUGCUUCCUUGAGAUUUUUCAGCUCCCUUUCCACGACAGCUGUCGGGAACAGUAUGGAGUCAAGCACGCGAUCAGCAGUCUCAACAGCAUUGCUAGCACUGCGACUGCGAAACUCUGUUUCUCUAGUAAAAACCGAGGCAAAAUACUGUCCUAAGUGUUCGGCUUUCUCGCUGUUCUCAGUGAUCUCUACACCAUUACCAUACUUCAGCACCGCGACCGGGUCCUUAUUUUUCAGUCUACUGUUUAGAUAGUGAAAUAAAAUCUUAGGCUUCUGUUCAGCCUGUCGUGUAAUUUUGGAUUCAUACUCCUUCCGUGCCUGACGGAUACAUUUUUUGACGGCAUUUCGUUGACGACGAAAUUCUUCGAAAUGCGCUGGUGACGCAGUUUCCCUGAAUAUUUUCCAUCUUUUGCCUUUCUUCCGUAGCUGCCUAUUUAGGUCCCUAGUUAACCAAGCAGGUCGACUAGUUGCUUUUUGUACUUUAGGUGGACUACAGCGCCUAAUCAGAUCAAGUGAAAUCGUUUUAAAAGAUCUCCAGUCGUCCUCCGGAUCUCCCCUGAGUAUUUGGUCCCAAUUCACGGACAGCAAUUCGUUCUUCAUCAUAUUAAAAUCUGCCUUCCAUAUAUUAGGUUGACCCUCUGUUCUCUUCUGGCGUUUAGAGAAGAGCGAGUAAUCCCAUAGUAGCGUAGUAUGGUCACUUUUCCCGAGAGGUGCAUUGGAAUACACAUCGUCGAUAUUAGAGAAGUCUUUAGUGAAAACUAGGUCUAGACAAUUUGCUCUCUGGUUCUCUCGAAAUCUUGUUGGUACCUUCACAUGUUGCGCCAGAGGGAGAUCGAGUGUGAGGUCCAGUAGCUUAUGGCUGAAAGAGGCUGGUCCACCGUUAACUGCCAUAGUUUCCCACUCUAUUGCAGGUGCGUUGAAAUCCCCAGCAAUAAGUACCUCUUGGUGGCUAGCUACGUCUUUGACUAAACCAAGGAGCGACUCAUCAGCUGCACUCAGAAGGUUUGGUGGUCUGUAAAUCGCCAGAAAUUCUAGAUUUUGUGCAUUGCUCUUCUUUAUCUUUAUCCAGACGGAUUCAUAUUCAAGGGAGAGGGUGUGGGCUCUUUCAACUGCUGAAAUUCCUUCCCUUACAUAUACGACUACCCCUCCGCCCUGCCUAUUUUGACGGUCUCUACGACCCAGCUGGUAACCCGGUAUCGAAAUCUCAGCAUCCAAGUUUUCGGCAUUAAGCCAAGUUUCCGUUAUGGUGAUGACGUCGGGGAUUCGUUCCGGUACUAUCGCUUUGAGUUCGUCGAUUUUCGAAACGAGACUUUGAGCAUUGGUAUACAAAAAUCUCAAUUUGGCACGAGCAACUCCGCCAUACUGGCGUUUAUCAAUUUCUUGGGAUUGAAUGCAAAAGCCGGUCGGAGCUGAUCGGGAUGAACUGCUUUCCAUCAUUCCUAAGCGUAAACAUGUACAGUGAGUGACUGGUCUCAUGAACUGUUGACCGAAAUUCUGAAAUGCGUUUUCGGUUAGGAGGGAUUACCGAGGUGGGGUGUCGUAAUAUUGACUAUCCUGCGGCAUAAUCCUGUAAUAUUUCGGACUCGCCAAGAUGUCGGCUUCUGAAUGCACUUCCUUUCGACCUCCCGCAGAAACCACCGAUGGGUGAUACAUCAAUACGAUGGUCGAACAUGCCGCUUGUGUUUAGAAAUGUUCACGUACAGUGAGUGACCGAUCUCAUGAAAUGUUGACCAGAAGUCUGAAAUGCCUUUUCAACCUCCUGCAGAAACCACACUCAGUAAAAAAUGAGUACUUAAGUGGCAUGCAUUUUUAUAUUGAUUUUCGAUAGUCUUAUAAAUUCAAAUAUAUCUUAUGGAAAACAUACGCAAAAACUAUGCUUCCUUUUACUCGUUUGGUAGUAGACCACAUUUUAAACCGUUGAAAAGGUUGUCUUUCAUCACACAUGUCCGUUUAACAGUGCUCCUCAUUAAAUGUACAACGUAGUCUGCAUCAAUUGCAAAGGUUCUUUAAAUCUAUAUAGUAUCUCCUUAAAGACGUAGAGAAAUAUAUGAUCUUCCUUACCCAGAAAGCAUACACCUUGUAGACUGAAAUAGCUACACGCUAGUGCAAUGGCUAAUCAGUCUCGAAAUCACUCGGGAAUGGGGAAAUUUUUUAAAACCUAAAUAUACACGUUCUGCAGGUAUAAACUAUGAAGAAAAUGUGAUUUUCUACCAAAUGAGUGAAAGAAGGCAUAUUUUUGUGCAUGUUUUCUGCAAAAUAUAUUUAAACUUUUAAUAUCAUCGGAAACGAACGUGAAAAAUGCAUGCUACUUAAGUAGGCAUUUUUGCCGGGUGUGGUUUCUGUAGGAGGUCGAAAAGAAGUAUAUUAAAAAGCAGACAUCCUGGAAAAGCCGAAAUACUACAGGGUUAUGCCGCAUGCUGAUCAAUAUUACGACACUGUGUCGGUGGCUACGGUUGCUACUGUUUCGAGUUUGUUCAACCCUGAACAACCAAUCGGGAGGAAGAGCUCAUAGUUACCCUAAACGAUGCGUCGUUACCAGAAGCGUGUCUCUGUGGGCACGCAUCCCACUGAAGUCGGCCAUCACAUUUGACAGUUUGAGAAUGAAAAACGACCGCACCCACCCCCCCCCCGCCUUUCUGCACAUCCACUGUAAGCUAAAGGUAAAAGGACUUACGCCGUGCGUGCGCCUCAUCCUUCGUCCUGCCACCGCCCUAAAGUAUGCCUUGAUAGCUGGAGUAAUUUACCGGGUCUCAUUUCUGAGGCAAAGGCGCGGUGUCCUGAAAGUAACUCGUUUAUUCAUGUCGCCCCCCCCCCCGUACACCCAUCUCACUUCUCUUUUGCUUCCCUGGGUUCUGCACACAGGAGAGCAUCACAAGGCUGACAAACAACGACGAGAAUCUGACCGUACUGAACCUGAAUAACAUCAAGACCAUCAGUGCCGAACAGCUCUCCCGUCUCGCCACCGCUCUGGGUGAGAACACAAAGCUCAAGGAAUUGCAUAUGGCUGCAACCAAUAUCACCUCCGCGAUGGUCGAACCCCUCCUGCUUCCCCUCAAGGUCAACCACGACCUUGAGGUUCUCAAUCUGGAGUCCAACUUCAUCACGGGUGAGUGAGCAUUCAGGUGUAGAGCCCCCGCAGUCAGGAAGCGUCUUCACCACUCCCUUAAACGUCCCCAAAAUGUUCUAGUUGCCUGGCUCGAUCGUGACGACGGUUGAGAGCCUACCCGCGACCGUAGGACAUGGGCCGCACUGGCUCGUCAUGUCUUCGAAUCUGGAGUCGGUGACAUCACUUUUGGGGCUAAUUUAUGAGUGUUCAAGCGUCUUGACUUACUCAGAGUAAGGGUGACAGUCCCCACAACAGUGUUAGGGGGCGCUCACCGAUCGUUCAUACGGAAUUCACUCGUUCCAUUGUGGCUUAUAGGCUCUCUCUCGAGCCCAACCAGCAGCCGCAGCGGCGCAUGACAUAUAGGCAGAAUGAUAUUACCGACAAAGACAAGGGAGACUGGAAUGGCCAUUUCUGGCUUAUUAGCCGUCGUCAGCCAGCCAUACCCAAGCCCGAAGUGUGGAACACCCGAGCCUCGAACUCGCGACCUGUUGGUUUAGAAGUCAACGCCUCUACUCACCGGGCCACGAGCCCGUUGCCUUGUCGGUUUUCGAUCGGGAAUAUACAGUGUUAGGGGGCGCUCACCGAUCGUUCAUACGGAACUCACUCGUUCCGUUGUGCCUUAUGGACUCUGUCUCGAGCCCAACCAGCAGCCGCAGCUGACUACGAACUGAUUGCAGUUAAUAUCAGGCUUCAGUAUCCAAAAAGACGUUUAGGAGUCUGGUAUUCGCGAAGAUUGUCCAACCUCAGAAGCCACUCAUGCAAACUCUACGGUCCAUCGAUUUCGUCAACAGGGCAGCACAAACUGCCUGGGUAUGCUAGAAAAUUAUGACGCUCAUCUUGCCACUUGUGUUGGAUAAUGUUGCAUUUUGGGGGAUUCGUCUACUGUAGUUUGUCGCAGAUAGUGGGACGCUGAUCACAGUGUCGAGGGCGCAGUAGAAGAUGCUGGGGGGGAGGGUGCUGAUAUAUAGUGAACCUUUCCCGCCAACUGUUUUCCAGCGGUAAAACUGGGUCAAGACCAUCUCAGCUGAGCGUGGGCUUCGCCCACUCGAUUGCGAAAUAGUAGCAUCAUUUAGUUGGAUAAUAAUGAUGAUACAUGACGCUCCCGAAUUCCCCGUGCCAAUUUCAGUUAAAAACUGCGGUCGGAAGUAGGGUUUUAUAAUGCCUGGGCUAGGUAUCAUUCUAGGAUACUUGGCCGAACCCCUACUGUCCCUGUUUUGCUCCCCGUCUUCCUGGUACUGCCCUACAGCAGACUGUAGCAUAGUCAUUCCUCAGAGACGCCCACUUGAGCAUCUGUUCUCUCACCUCCCCCCCCCCCCAUAGGUGACAUGGUCCUCAAAAUUCUCGAGGCCAUCUCGGGUAAUAAGAGUGCCGUGUGUGACCUUCGCCUAGCCAAUCAACGUCAACGUGUCCUCGGCGUCAAGAUGGAACAAGAGAUCACGAAUCUCGUCUUGCAGAACCCGCGUAUCAUCAACCUCGGCCUGGACUUCGACACCGCUGAGGCCCGGGUGCGAGUGAGAGAUCACCUAAAGAACACGAUGGACAAGACCAAGCGACAAGCCCGUGUCGGCGCCAAGGCCUAA